GCGGGGGCGCGCGGGCUGCGGCGUCCAGGCCGCUCUCGCGCUGCUCUUCGCGCCCACCAUGAUGGGCCCCGCGCCCGGGAGGCGGCUGCGGCCGCUGGCAGCGCUGGCCCUGGUCCUGGCGCUGGUCCGGGCCGGGCAGGCGCCGCGCCCCGCCGAGCGGGGGCCCCCGGUGCGGCUGUUCACCGAGGAGGAGCUGGCCCGCUACGGCGGGGAGGAGGAAGAUCAGCCCAUCUACUUGGCAGUGAAGGGAGUGGUGUUUGAUGUCACUUCCGGAAAGGAGUUUUAUGGACGAGGAGCCCCAUACAAUGCCUUGACUGGGAAGGACUCCACCAGAGGGGUGGCCAAGAUGUCCCUGGAUCCUGCAGACCUCACCCAUGACACUACGGGUCUCACGGCCAAGGAGCUGGAGUCCCUGGAUGAUGUCUUCACCAAAGUAUACAAAGCCAAAUAUCCCAUCGUCGGCUACACAGCCCGGAGAAUUCUCAACGAGGAUGGCAGCCCCAACCUGGACUUCAAGCCUGAAGACCAGCCCCAUUUUGACCUAAAGGAUGAGUUCUGAUGCUCCCUCUGCAGGGGCAGGUUGUGGGGAGGGUGAGGCCUGGUGACACUCAGGUGCUAAAUCUCCUGCAAAACAGGCUGCCUGAAGCCUCUGCGUCAGCCUGAUCUGAAUAAAACAGACGCUUACCCUGGAAGAGUGACAGCUCUUUAUUGUCCUUGGUCGAGUGUCCUGUCUCCCCGGGUAUCCCUGCCCGCACACCAGCCAGCAUGGCAAUAAGAGCCAAGAUGGGAAGCCUCCAAAAUGUCAGCUUGGCUGUCUGGGCUGUGGAAUCAUGAGUGACCUUUAUUUCUUCUGUAUCCUUUUCUGUACUUGCCAAAUUUUCUACUGUGACCGUGUUUACUUAAUAAUGAUAACAAAAAUAAACUUCCUAUUGGUACAAAAGGAGAAUUCUUCUCCAUGUGCCCUCUCUUUGGA